AUGUCUCCCGGCUUGUUCUCAUUCCUCGACAAGAUCUACUGGCGGUACUACCUGUCUUUCAAACACUCCCUCGACAAGACGCGCCUCCCCUCCGCCUUCCUCUACAAUGGCCCCGACGUAGACGCUCCCGCCCUCAGAGCACGCCACCUCUCCUUCGAGCCUGCCGAACUCAUCACCCUCGCCGGUGACAAGUACCGCAUCGAGCGCAAACUCCGCGCCAGACUCACCUCCAUCGUCUGGCUCGCAGAGCACACCGUCAAAGCCUCCUCCCGGAAAAGAUUCGUCGCCAUCGAGACCUUUGGUGACAACUUCUCCGCCGCCCUCAGCCUCCAACGCAAGCAUGACCCCCGCCAAGCCAUCCGCAACUUCAUCCACAGCAUCCCCCAAGCCCAGAACAACCGCGACCCCGGCGCCCGAGCCUGCGACCGAAUACGAUCCAUCCACUUUGGCACCCACCUCCACAUCGUCAAGGACGUCUUCGGCCCCGCCCUCACCGACCUCCAAGCCUCCCAGCCCGACCGCCGCUUCACCCUCCCCGUCACAAAGCGCAUCAUCAGGGACACCCUCCUCGCCCUCCAGUACAUCCACUCCACAGGGAGAACCCACGUAGGCGUCAACUCCCACAACCUCACCGUCGUCCACCAAGGCACCGCCCAGAGCGUCACAUCCAGCAUCGUCGACCACCUCCGACGCAACCCCCCCUCGAUCUACGUACCAGCCAAGACGGGGCGCACCUGGCCCUCGAGGAGAAACAUCGCCAUCGACGCCGCCCAGCCCCUCCCCGCCUUCGGUCUCAGCCCCUCCCUCGACAACCUCUCCGUCCGCCUCGGCCGCUGCGAGCACUCCACGCUCGACAAAGACGACCAGGCGCGUGCCACCAGAGACGGCGGCGCGUUCGACCUGCUCGACUACUACCACGCCCUACCCGUCCUCUGCGCCCCAGAAGCCUACAUCGGCUCCCCCGAGCGCUGGUCUCCCCCCGUCAACAUCUGGGCCGUCGGCCACCUCACCUUCCAGUCCCUGACCGGCGCACUCGUGUACCCCCAGCUAAACAACGCGUCACUCACCGAGGUCCCAUCGUACGGCGACAUGGAAGAGCUGAGCGACCCCGAGCUGCCCUUCCUGAAGCUGCACCUCCAGAACUUCCCGUUCAUCAAGCGCGAGCUGAGCGACCGCGACGUGGACGCGACGUGCGCCUUCCUCGCCCGGUGUUUCGAGAUGGACCCCGGCAAGCGGCCGACGGCGGAGGCGCUCCUCCAGGACGAGUGGUUCGCGAGCUGA